AUGCCUCUUGUUACCAACCCCAUCCUUCCUGGGUUUAACCCGGAUCCCUCUAUUCUUCGGGUUAAGUAUGAUUAUUAUAUUGCCACGUCAACCUUUGAAUGGUACCCCGGUGUUCAGAUACACCAUUCUAAGGAUCUUGCGAAUUGGAGCCUAGUGUGUCGGCCUUUGAAUCGUGCAAGCCUUCUUGAUAUGCGUGGGAUACCUGAUAGUUGUGGAGUCUGGGCUCCAUGCUUAUCCCAUGAUGGAUCGAAGUUCUAUCUUGUUUAUACAUGCACCAGACGACUUCACGGAUCUUUCAAAGAUACUCCCAACUACAUCACGUGCGCCGACGAUAUCCAAGGACCGUGGAGUGAGCCAGUAUACGUCAAUUCCUCAGGUUUUGACCCUUCAUUAUUCCAUGAUAAUGAAAACGGCACGAAAUGGUUCGUCAAUAUGCUGUGGAACCACCGCAACCGACCUCUUCUAUUUGCAGGUAUUUGCUUGCAGCAGUACGAUCCUGAUCUGGGAAAGCUGGUGGGACCUAGGAAGAACAUCUGGCAAGGAACGAGUUUAGGGUAUGUAGAGGGUCCACACAUGUACAAACGCAACGGCUGGUACUACAUACUGGCUGCUGAGGGUGGAACUGGAUGGUUUCACGCAUGUUCCAUGGCAAGGUCUCGAUCAAUCUGGGGUCCUUACGAGAAUCAUCCAGAGAACCAUAUCCUGACUUCAAAGGACGACCCGUCUACCGAAUUACAAAAGGCUGGCCAUGGAGAUAUUGUGGAUACGCCCGACGGUCGAACUUAUCUGGUGUAUCUUACCGGUCGGCCUACGGGACAAGAACGUCGAUGUGUCCUUGGUCGUGAGACAGCUAUACAGGAGGCAUACUGGGCCGAUGAUGACUGGUUAUACGUGAAGGAUGGUCCAAUUCCCAGUUUGCACGUUAACUUGCUGGCGGCUCGCAAUGAUGCGAAUUAUUGGGCUGAGCAAAGAUAUACUUUUGAGAGCAAUCUCCCGUCCGAUUUUCAGUGGCUCCGAACGCCCAAGCCGAACCGUAUCUUCGAGGUAGACAAUGGACUCGUCUUAUAUGGUCGCGAGUCGAUUGGCUCCUGGUUUGAGCAGGCUCUUGUAGCGCGUCGACAGUGUCAUUUCUCAUUCGAUGCCGAGACAAUAAUUGAGUUCUAUCCAGAGGAUGAGCGUCAGUACGCAGGGCUUACUGCAUACUACAACCGGUAUAGCUUCUACUACCUUACUGUCACUGCACACUCGGACGGAGAGAGGGAACUUCUCUUGAUGAAGGUUUCCGCCCCAAACAAAGAAGCAUCACUGGAUAGUCAUACUAUUGAGCCUGUUUCGAUUCCUAAACAAGGUAGAGUAAAGUUAGCUAUGUCAGUACGCGGAGACAAAUUACGCUUCUUUUACGCCAUGAAAGAUGAGGAACUUAAGCAGAUGGGGCCGGUGCUGGAUGCAUCAACGCUUUCGGAUGAAUGUGCUCAGGACUGGGGAGGCUCCCCUUUCACUGGUGCAUUUGUCGGGAUGGCCUGUUCGGAUCUGAACGGACUAGCACGAGAGGCCCGGUUUGACUACUUUGCUUACCGUCCUGUCAGAGAUCGGUCGGAUCGCUAUGGAGAUUUCAAGGCUAGAGGCAGGAUCGAAUAA